AUGAAGGUCAAAGAGGCGCUCUACAAUGCGCUCUUUGGACCGGACCGAUCAGGCGCAUCCACAUCCUCUCAACCCACCACAUCGCUCGCGCAGGCAGCGGCCCUGCUCCAGGUCCCACCAGACUCGCUCUCCGCCUUGUCGUCCCAUUCGAUCCACGCCUUGCAGAACCUGAAGCGGUACGUGCCGCGGGCGGGUUCGGAGCCGUGUCCGUCGUCGGUGCCUGCGUAUCGGCGGGCGGCGGUGUUGCUGGGUCUCUUCGCGGGGCGCAAUGGCGAGCUGUACGUCAUCCUCUCCAAACGCUCCUCGCGGUUGCGCUCGCAUGGGGGGGACACGGCGAUACCCGGUGGUCGAUUCGAGCCGACAGAUCGCGAUCUCGAGUUCACUGCUCGUCGCGAGGCGUUCGAAGAGACCGGUCUGCCCAUCGACAGCACCAAGGCGGUCAAGUUGUGCGAGCUACCCCCCUUCUUGUCCGCCAACGAGCUGGUCGUUACCCCCUUCGUAGUCUUUCUUACGGACCACAGCAUUCAACCCCACCUCAAUCCGCGCGAGGUCGACAGCCUCUUCUCCCUCCCCCUCGUAUCGUUUCUCUACCACAACCCACCACGUCCUCUCCGGCGCAGCUUGCACUUACCACCAACGCCAGAUCCAGAAGCACUGCGUCACAUGCCCGCCAACGAGGUCUCGGCGAUAUCCGAUUGGCAUACCUGCCGGGACAUCCUCUGGCUUGGAGGACACCGCAUUCGACGACACACCUUCUGGGACGAACGCAACCCCAUCCGAGGCCUCACCUCCGACAUCCUCAUCCUCGCCGCCAACAUCGCCUACGAGAUGCACCCCCAAUUUGUCGUCCGCAGCCCCGGCCAGCCGAGACAGACCGAUUUGAUAAACUUGGCCUUCAACAGCCCUCUGGCCGUCAAGAAGUUCAGGGUCAGGCCACGGAUGCAGUUCCUCAAAACGCCGGACGCAUUCAGCUUCAAUAGGACCGAGAGGACGAAUGACGAGCUGGAACAACCCCAGGACGAGAGGAGUGAUUUUCAGCUUGCGCCGCCUAUGGACGGGAAGGAUGGGGGAAAAGAGGUGGCCAAGCCAAAGCUCUGA